AACAGGAUGAGCAGCGGACUGCGGCGAAGGGAGGAGAAGUGAAACACCCACCGAGGACGCUCUCUGGCUGAAGCCGGACCCAACAGCAGGGGAAAAUCCCACAGAAUAAGGGAGAAGUACCGUGGGGUGGGUGUGACUAAUCAUCCCUCCGCACGCAGUCCAAGCCUCAUCAACGAACGAAUAGGUGUGUGUCUCAGUCACGCUUGAUCCUGACCUCGAUGCCGCCCCACCGAGACGACCCCGACCAGGAGAACCAGCAGCACCAGAACCAGAAGAAGAGCUCCCACCACCACCACCGGAGAUGCUACAACCACCUCCACCGCCAUACAACCCACCACCGCCACCACCUGCAACGCCUAGCCCAUACGCACCAGCGAGGGCAGGCCUGGAUGAGAUCCAACAGAGCGCGUCAGCGGCUCCGCAGACCAGCCCAUCCCCAACCGGCCCUGGACAGCAGCAGCCUCCUCCCGUGUGGUCACCCGUGGCUGCACACACCAGGAGCCAUAAUGAGAACAUAGAGGGGAGUGAGACAUUCACUGGUAUGCCCACCUCCCCAGGAGGCUGACAUCACCAUGGGAAUGUUCUUACAGCAGUUCAGGCUCCGAGUGGAUGUUUUCCAAUGGUGGAAGUUGCAGGACCUGAAGGCCCAUUGUUAGUCCACCAAUACUGGACUGAAAAGGAUAUAAUGGAAGCUGCCUCUGGUUUUUCUGACCCUCGACAAGUAGGAGGACGAAAGUUUGGAGAGGAAUUUGAGGACUUUGUUAUGUCUUGUCGCCCAACUGCGAAUGAGAUAAAACGCAUCUUGUUCAAGAAGCUGGGGUCCGGUUUCUGCAAGAUCGACCGGAACUGGCCAGAUGGAGACAUUCGCCAGCUGACCAACCGGACCCCAACGCUCCCUAUCAGAAUAUGAUAAGGGGUCUGAGAACUCGCCUAGAGGUUGCUUUCCCUCUGCAUGUGAACACGGGGAAGAUAGCAGCAUGUAAGCAGGAAGAUGGAGAGACUGUCCAAGAUUAACUAGUCCUUGACAAGAGUGCACACAGAUUACAGCGGGCUGGAAGCACCUGCUAAAAGAGCGAAUGAUGCAGAGCACGUGGACCCAUGGGAAGCAGACAGCCUCUCAGCGUCAUUGAGGACCAUGCCAAACACCAUGAAGGCCUUCUCAACUCAGAAACAAAGAGGAGAGAAAAAAAAAAAUGAGCAGACACGAUGGAUCAAGCCAUCAUGUGCAGCAAGUUGCAGCCCUCUCCACCAGAGCUCCAGGCCAAGGAGGCCGAGGGAGAGGGCAGGGGAAGGGUCGAGGACGAGGCAGAUGCAGAGGGAGAGGAUUCGCUGGCAAUGGGCCAGCCUUCCAACCAAGUGUGGAUCAGAUGGGUGAAUGGGAGAAUCUGUGCUAUAACUGCGGCCAACUUGGACAUUUUGCCAGAGACUGUCCAGGACAGUCCACUCAAGAGAAGUGACGGGCGGAGGAGGGGCAGGAUGGCGAGGCGGGAUCCACUGACACACCAAAAAGGGAAGUGCCAUCUUCUUCUCCCUAUUUUUCAUUAGUGCAGCAGCUGACAACAUGCCCUUUAAGCAUGCCAAAAAUAACGUUAACGGUACAAGGGAAGGAUUUGGAAUUUUUGGUAGAUAGUGGGGCAGGCCAUUCGGUGAUUAGAACGAAUGACCUUCACUGUGACACACAGCAGGGAAAAUCUCAAGCAUUAAUAGGUGUGGGGGGAGAAGUAGUUAGAAAGUGUCUGUGCCUCUCCAGUGCUCUCUAAAUGGCAAAAUGUUUUCGCAUUGUUACUUAAUAUCUUUCAUUUGCCCGGUAAAUCUGUUAGCUAGGGAUCUAAUGUGUAAAUUGGGAUGCACUUUGAUUAGCUCACCAGAGGGACUAGCCAUAGAUUUUCUAGAACAACCAUGCAUGGUUCAAUUAGCAUCAGGUGUCCCUGGAUACGUUUACAUAUGGCACUGUGUUGAUGAACAAGGGUUAAACAUUUUCUGUCAAAAGCCCAACAAACAGUUUUAGGAUCUUUGCAAUGGAAAACUCAAGAUGUGCAUUGCACCUCACACAUCAUUCGAGGCCCAGAUCAUGAUUAUGAGAAACAGUUUUUUAAACCAAUGACAGAAUCCCUUGCCACUACAGCACUCAUAUGGAGCGACAAAAUGGCGGCCGCCCUAGUUUCACUGACAAAAGCUCAGAGCGAACUGUUCACAGUAGGUAAUUCGUACCCACACAUCUCCCUAGCCAGAUUUAAACACCCUCCCAUGGCGAGACUUUGGACCAUGGGCUUUGAGGGUGGCCAAGGCUAACGAUUGUACUGACACAGAGCGCCCUAAUGUACAGUACAGCGCCUCCACGAAAACGUGGAAGUGCCCUUUUCAAUGCAGAUUGAGAACGGAGCGCACUGUGGAGCUAUUUGGCCCCCCUCCAUUGGUGCGGCUGCCACGCUCACAGAGGAGGAGGAACUAGAACUGGCUUCACUUCAUCCUCAACUGUGGGCGUCCAGUAAAUAUGAUGUGGCACUAAUUAGGGACUGUGAACCAGUUGUGAUCACUCCCAAAUCAGCAUACAGACCCAGGCAGGCCCAGUAUCCUUUGAAGCCUGAGGCAGUUGACGGCAUUAAGCCUGAAUUUCAAGCACUGCUCCAGACAGGGGUAAUAGUUCCAUGUCCAGACUCACCAGUAAGAACACCAAUCUUCCCAGUAAAGAAACCCGGCCGGGAUGAGUGGAGGUUUGUUCAAGAUCUGCAAGCAGUAAAUGCAGCAGUCCAAGCCAGAGCCCCAGAGGUUCCAAACCCCCACACCAUUUUGUCCCAAAUACCCACUGACCACACCCACUACACAGUAGUGGACCUGGCCAAUGCGUUUUUCAGUGUGCCAGUGCACCCUGACAGCAGAUUCUGGUUUGCAUUCUCAUUUGAAGGCAAGGAAUACACAUUUACAUGUCUUUGUCAGGGGUAUUGCGAAUCACCUACCAUCUAUAAUGCGGCCUUGAGAGAUAGCAUGGCUUCACUAACACUACCCGAAGAGGUGGUGCUGGUUCAGUAUGUGGAUGAUUUGCUCCUGAGCGCCCCCUCACGGGAGCUCUGCAAACAGGCAACCCAGCAGUUGCUGCAGCAUCUAGCCAACAAUGGGCACAAAACCAGCAAAAACAAAUUGCAAUAUUGCAAGCCAGAGGUCACCUUUCUGGGCCACAUUAUCACCGCAGGCCAAAAGCGGAUGGCAGCAGACAGAAUACAGGCGAUUUGCCAAACUCCCAAACCAAUGAAUAAGAAACAACUGUUGUCUUUCCUUGGUAUGUGCUCAUAUUGUCACAUAAUUGUCAUUCCAUCUUAUGCUGAGAAAGAGGGGCCCCUUAGGGAAAUCAUUCCAACAAAAAGCACGAAUACCACACGCCUGCAGUGGACUGAGCAGGCUGAGGAAGCUUUCACACAGCUCAAGAUAGCUUUGCAAAACAUGCCUGCUUUGGGUAUACCUGAUCCAACAAAACCCUUUGUACAAAUGGUGGAUGCGAAAGGCAUCUAUAUGACGUCAGUCCUCACACAAAAACAUGGGGAUAAGUUACGCCCAGUGGCGUAUUUCUCCUGCAAAUUGGACCCUGUAGCCAGGGCCUACCAGUUUGCCUUAGAGCAGUGGCAGCAGCAGAAAAGGCUCUAGUAGCCUCUAGAGACAUAGUUGGGUACGCCCCCCUCACUCUCAAGGUUCCACACUCAGUGCAUAACAUCUUGCAAGACCAAAGGGUUGUACACCUCUCCACACAAAGAUGAUUGCGUUACCAUACAGCUUUGCUGGACCUGCCCAAUGUUACGGUGCGCCAUUGCACCGCUCUAAACCCAGCCUCACUUCUGCCUAACUAAAGCCUGUGAACUCACAGAAGGCAAAACGCUCACGGUCUGGACGGACUCCAGAUAUGCGUGGGGCGUGGCACAUGACUUCGGUUACAUGUGGAAACAAAGGAACUUUCUGACAAGCUCUGGCACUAAAAUAAAACAUCACAAAUUCAUUAAUGAAUUACUUUCUGCCUUAUUGCUACCAUCACAAAUUGCAGUAGUCAAAUGUGCAGCACACACUUCAGCAGAUGACCCUGUCAGUAAGAGAAAUGCUUUCGCAGACCAUGUGGCAAAACAUACUGCCUGCACAGAUCCGAUCGCCGCCACACAGCUUCUUGUAACAGAUCAAGAGAAACCUACACUGCAAGACAUCCAGUCCUCUGCUACUUCGUCAGAGCAGGCUCAAUGGUCCAAAUCAGGGUGUGUUAAACAAAAUAAGGUAUGGGUACACAAUGCUACAGACAGACCAUGUCUCUCUAAAGCAUACAUGAAAGGGUUAAUUGCUAUUGCUCAAGGGAGGAGUCACAUGAGCAAAGGGGGGAUAAUGGAUAUGAUAGCAAGACACUGGUAUGCACCUGGACUCUCCACACUCACCCAAAAUUUUUGUUCAGCAUGCUUAGUAUGUGCACAAAACACACACAGACACACACAACCUCUGUCACAACAGUCUGUGGGUCAUCCCCCAGCGACAGAACCGUUCCAACAUUGGCAAAUUGAUUUUGUUGAAUUAACUCCAGCAGAAGGGAAAAGGUUCCUCCUGGUCUGUUUAUGCAUGUUCAGCAAAUGGGUUGAGGCUUUUCCCACAGGUACCCAGGAUGGCGAAGCAGUGGCCAAAGCAUUCCUCAAGGAAAUAAUUCCCAGAUGGGGCCUGCCACAAUAUGUUUCAAGUGAUAAUGGUAAACCCUUUGUAUACACAGGCUUGAAUAGCCUGACCAAGUAUCUAGGAAUAGAUAUGAAAAAACAUUGCAGCUACCACCCCGCCAGUGCCGGGGCAGUAGAGAGGACUAAUGGGACCAUCAAAAAUGGUCUUCAAAAAAUGACACAUCAACAGGCCUUAAUUGGGUCAAAUGUCUCCCUCUGGUCCUUUGGCAGAGUAGGACCAGACCACAAAUGAGAACAGCCUAAAUGCAUUUGAGAUAGUGUUUGGCAGGCCUCCCAACACGGGAAUAGGUCCACCCCCACUCGAUAACCAGUUGCUUGACCACUCUCUCACGUCCUACUGCGUCUCACUUUAUGAGACGCUUCUGUCUGUGUCU